AUGCGCUCCAAUCCGCGGGGUCUCGUGCCCACGCUUGAAGUGGCGCCGGGCAAGGCGCUCUACGAAAGCAACGUCCUACUCGAGUACCUCGAGGAUGCGUACCCAGAAUCCCAACCACUGCGGCCGACGGACCCGUUUGACCGGGCCCGGUCUCGCAUCUGGUCCGACUUUGUCACGUCGCGGGUUAUUCCGGCGUUUCACAGACUAUUGCAAUUCCAGACAUCGUCUGCGCCGGACAAGGACGGCGAGGCCAGGCUCGACGUCUUGCGCGGCGAGUACCGGGCCAAGCUGCUCGAGUUUGCCCGCGCCAUGGACCCCGAGGGCCCCCUCUUCGCGGGCUCCGAGCUGACGACGGUGGAUAUUGUCAUGGCGCCCUGGGCGCUGCGGUCCUGGGUGUUUGAGCGGUUCAAAGGUGGUCUGCGGAUCCCCGAGCCCGGUCGAGGUGGCGGCGACGAGGAGGCGUGGGCCCGAUGGCGGACUUGGCUCGCGGCCGUCGGAAGCCGUGAGAGCGUCCGCAAGACGACGAGCGAGGAAGAGUAUUACGUGCCAAUUUAUCAGAGGUAUGCAGAUGACAUUGCUCAGAGUGAGCUGGCCAAGGCUACGCGAGACGGACGUGGUGUGCCCUAA